AUGUCGCCUUCGAGCAGAGAUCGGCCGCGGGCGCAGGACACGCCGGAAAUCGCCCUCGCCGGAGUCUCUUCAUCAGCUGGAGAAAAUGAGAAUCAAGUCUCUUCUGCGGAAGAAACUAUUGAAAUUAAUUUGAAUUCGGGAGAGGAUCCACAAAUUGUCUUGAUAGGCCAAAACCUAGAUGAAAACGAGCGUCAUCAUCUAGUUGAGCUGUUGAAGCUUAACAAAUACAUAUUUGCAUGGUUCUAUAAAAGCAUGUCGGACAUUGACCCCAAAAUUGUCCAACAUCAAUGGGUCGUCAAUGUGGUCCCCGUGGCUAAGAAAGAUGGAAAAAUUCGUGUGUUCGUGAACUACAGUGAUCUCAACAAAGCUAGCCCUAAAGAUAAUUUCCCACUCCCACACAUUGACGUGUUGGUUGACCACGCGGCUGGUCAUGAACUCCUAUCAUUCAUGGAUGGUUUCUCAAGCUAUAAUCAAGUUUUGAUGGCAUCCAAGGACAAAGAAAAGAUUACUUUUAUCAUUGAAGUUGACACCUUUUGCUACCGUGUAAUGCCUUUCGGGCUAAAGAACGCUGGAGCCACGUAUCAGAGGGCGGUCACCACUAUUCUCCACGACAUGAUCCACAAGGAAGUCGAAGUCUACGUCGAUGAUAUGAUUGUCAAAUUCAGGAAUCAAGCGGGACACAUUAGAGGAAUAGAAGUCGACCCUAGCAAAAUUGCAGCCAUCACGGCCAUGCCAACACCCCGGAACGAGCGAGAGGUUCGAGGAUUUCUAGGGAAAAUCCAGUACAUUAGUCUCUUCAUAAGUAAACUCACUUCCACUUGUGAUCCUCUCUUCAAGCUUCUGAAGAAGGAUCAAAGAUUCAUCUGGAGUGACGCUUGUCAACAUGCCUUUGAUAAGGUGAAAGCCUAUCUACAAUCCCCGCCUAUCCUCAUGUCUCCAAGGCCGGGAGUUCCUUUGAUUCUUUAUCUCACCGUCACCGAGUCAUCCAUGGGGAGCAUGUUGGCCCAAGAGAACGAGAACAAGGAGGAAGUAGCUGUCUACUAUCUCAGCAAGAGGAUGACCAGUUAUGAGUUGAAUUAUUCUUCUGUGGAAAAAGUCUGUUGGGCACUAGCCUGGGUAACGAAGAGGUUGCGCCACUACAUGCAAGCCCACCCAAUCAAGCUAGUGUCAAGACUCGAUCCCAUUCGUUUCUUGUUUCAAAGAACUCUUCUUUCGCUGCGUCUUGCUAAAUGGAUGAUGAUGAUUUCAGAAUAUGACAUCACAUAUACCGUGCAAAAGUCAAUCAAGGGGAGCAUAGUGGCUGAUUUCCUAGCUGAUCAACCAAUCACCGUUGGAGACGAUGACGAAGAGAUGGCCUUUCCAGAUGAUGAGAUCAUGGGCAGACAGGGUUACGACAUUGGUAUCCUUUUGAUCGAUCCUACUGGCACGUAUAAUCCUACUUCUGUUAAGUUGAGUUAUAGUGUCACCAACAACGAAGCUGAGUACGAAGCAUGCAUUGUUGGGAUCAAGUUAGCCAGCGAGAAGAGGAUUAGCAGAUUGGAGGUUAUUGGAGACUCGAAUCUUGUAAUUUCACAAGCCAAUGGAGAUUGGCAGGUCAAAGGCGACAAUCUUAAACCUUAUCAUUCUUUCCUCAUGCGUUUAAUCGCCAAAUUCGAAAGUGUUGUUUUCAUCCAUGCUCCAAGGAGUCAGAAUCAUUUCGCUGACGCCCUUGCAACUCUCGCGGCAAUGACUCAAAUUCCCGAAGGAAUCAAGAUCAAGCCACUCAAAAUCCAACAGAGGUGCAAUCGCAUCUAUGAGAAACUAGUGGUUGCUAACACUAGUAUCUCAAGCAAACCUUGGUUCGAGCCCAUUCAAUCAUAUAUCGAAAGGGGGGAAUACCCUGCCCACUUUCAGAAGAAAGAGCGUCGCGCUCUCCGUCAAUUUGCCACUAGCUAUGUGGUUGUGGCAGGACGUCUCUAUCGACGAUCUUUUGAUGGACAAAACAUGCUUUGUGUAGAUCAGGCGGAGUCUACUACCAUCAUGGAAGAAGUGCAUGCUGGGAAUUGCGGUUCCCACAUGAAUGGCAUGGCUCUUGCUAAGAAAGUUCUUCGGCUAGGCUACUUUUGGCAGAACUUGGAACAGGAUUGCAUUGCGUUCGUCAAGACGUGUCACCAGUGUCAAAUUUAUGCUAAUCUAAAACAUACUCCCGCUUCUCACCUCUAUAACAUGACUUCUCCAUGGCCAUUCUCUACAUGGGGAAUAGACAUCAUUGGGAAAAUCCACCCCCACGCGUCCAAUGGCCAUGAAUUCAUCUCGGUUGCUAUCGACUAUUUUACCAAGUGGGUUGAGGCUUCUUCGUUCAAAAUCCUCAAAUCCUCCCACGUGGCAAAGUUCAUUCGCAAUAAUAUCAUUAGUCGAUACGGGGUUCCCCAUUCGAUGAUUUCUGAUAAUGGGCGACACUUUCAAGGUAAUGUGCUCGAGCUUUUGAGAGAAUUCAAAAUCGAGCAUCAUAAGUCUUCACCAUAUCGACCACAAACCAACGGGGCAGUCGAGGCUGCUAACAAGAACGUGAUCUCAAUCUUGAAGAAAACCACACAAACAUAUAGGGAUUGGCAUGAGAAGCUACCCUAUGCUCUAUGGGGUUACCGAACCACCGCUUGGACUUCUACAGGCGAAACUCCUUAUUCGUUGGUAUAUGGCAUGGAGGCAGUUCAACCCAUUGAGUUGGAAUUGCCUACUCUCAGGGUUCUUUUGGAGAGCCACGUCAUCGAGGAAGAUUGGCUGAAGUCCAGAUACGACCAACUAUCACUCAUGGAGGACCGGAGGCUAGAUGCCCUAUGCAAGACACAAGCUUAUCAACAACGCAUGGCAAGGGCGUUCAACAAGAAGGUCAAGCCUAGGCAUCUUGUUGUAGGAGACCUUGUUCUUAGAAAGACCCGAGAGCUGCAGGACCCUAGAGGAAAAUUUCAGCCGCCAUGGGAGGGACCUUUCAUCAUCAAGCAGAUUUUUUCAGGUGGAGCUGUUCGCCUCGCCACUCUCGAUGGCGAUGAGUGUUCAUCACCCUUUAAUCUUGACACGCUCAAGAAAUACUAUUCCUGA